CCAGGUAAUGUUUAGUUCCACUAACUCUAAUAAACUAAAUAAAGUUGUUGUCGUACCCUUCUCACACCCAAUGCCAUUGUUAUUGCAGAAGAAGAUAUUUGAUGUUCUCUACAGGAUAGCAGACAUUCCUUUCUUGAAACCAUACCAGAUAAAAAUCAUUGAUGUUAUUGAGAAGGCAGAGAAACAACCUACCGUCACCAUUGGAGUUCUGGUGUCCACGGUAGUGGUAUUUUCCACUGUCAUAGUCAGGAUUCUCUUUGGUAGCAAAAAGAAACCUCAGAGACAAGUCUCAGCACCGUCUGCUUCCAAAACCAAGUCAGCCGAAACUGUUGGGAAUGAUUCUCCAGGCACUAAUGAAGAGAAAGAAGAGAUCAAGAGAAUGUAAAAGUUGAUGAUGCAUCUGCUCCUCGAGCUCGGAAAUCCAGAACUCCAGAAGGGAGACC